AUGAUUCCGUUUGGCAUCCUGACCUGUGUCUCCGCCUUCCUUGUCCCUCUGGUCUCUUCCCAAUUCAUCACUCCGCUUACCCAAAGGCAACAGUUUCGGGUUGGGGAGGUGCAGAAAAUCCAGUACCGCACAAAACUUACCAACUAUACAAUUGCGAUAUGGCAGCAGCAGUUGGCCGGAGGUUCCGCAAAUCUGGGGCCCGUUGUCUUCCGAACCACUGAUGGGCCCGAGACAGAGUUCGAUUGGCAGGUGCAGCUUUACAGCUUUGACCUAGCGGUCUCAAACGUGUUUUUCUUCUGGCUGAAGGAGGGUGGUCUCGAGAAUCUGGGGUCGGUGGAAGUGGAAGCCAUGUCGUCGGCCUACUUUAACAUCACCGACGAACCUCUUCCGAGCAGUUCGCCGUCUAUCCCAUCAACAAGCACGUCACCGCCUUCGUCAACGACCGCGUCCGCAUCCUCCACGAUUACGUCGCUGUCCACCACAUCCUCGGGCGAGCACCAGAAAGGAACCACGAGCAGUACUCCAGCACCUAGUGAGCUCGAGAACUCUGGACUCAAUCUUCCCGUUGCUGCGCAAGCAGGAAUCGGUGUUGGUGUUUCUAUCGUCGGGCUUACCGCCAUCGUUUGUGGCAUAUUAUGGUUCCGAUAUGUGAGGAAACAACAAAGGAUGCUUCUCGAGCUUCAGCAACAGCAGAGAGUUUACUCACAGCCUCUGGAUGAUGUCGAAAUGCUGAAGUCCCAGACGCCUCCUCUUCCUCCUCCUCCCCCCUUCAGGUAUCAUUCGAAUGCCACGGGCAGGUCAACUCCCGUAGAACUGGGAUAG